ACUCUGGUGGCCGCCAGCAGCGGCCGCCCGGUGGAGCUGGAGCACGACACGGGGUACCUCAGUACCGGCCAGCGGCUGGGCCCGGACGCUUUCGUCAGCAAUCGUGUGCUCGAUGGUCUCGACAUGCAGGAGGACGAAGCAGUCGCUGCCGACGAACUCCUGGAGCUGGAGGAGCCGCUGCAGCUGGUGCUCAGCGGCGGCAGGACGGCUCCAGGUCCGAGCGUGGUGGAGACUGCUGUAUUCGAAGACGCCAUGGCCUUCGCAGCCGGAUACGUGGCAUUCAAGUGCCACCAUGUCGACAGCAGCCUUGGCGUCCCCAUGGGCAGGGCGACCCCAGAGCAGCUGGCUGCCGUCCCAAGCACCUGGCUGCUGACGAUAAACAGAGGCAGGCUGUUCGUCCCGACCGCCCGCUGGAUGGGCGUGGUUCGGGCCUUCGAGGUCAACUUUAAGAUGAUUAUGGGUGACACCGCCAGCCAGGAGCCUGGAAUCAUGACGAAACUCAUGGCGCUCAUCCGGGCGAAAGACCCCCAGCUGGACCAGAGGGUGGCGAGAAAGCUGGCAAGUACCCGCCUGCACUUCUGCCUGCGUCGUCUGAACAACAACCGGAAGGCAGCGCGUGCAGAGCGGCGUGCGGCGAGACAGCUGGCUCACCACUCCUCUAGCUCCAAGUAGGCCGAGCCACCAGCGACGAGUGACGACCCCAGUUUGAUCUGCCCGGCACACUUCGACGCUCACUUUCCGUCUUGUGUCGGGGUCUCCUGGGUUAUCAAAUAAUGGAGAUGCAGUCUCGCGUGGCGGCCCUCUCGCGGCAGACUGUGUUUCCGUCUGACCUACGAUAGCCCGAUAGCUGCACCCAUCACUCAUAGAGAAAGGCGCCAGCAGCCCAUCCGCGCCAAGGACACUAGGCCUGCUCUGCCGAGCGGGCCUGGCUUCGA